AUGUCAGGAAGCAAAGUGUUGCUAACGUAUAAGCGAAAGGGGCAAUCAAGAACAGAUCCUGUACAGGGACAUGAGUGCCAUAAUUCACUUUUUGUUGCUCCCGAUGAUACUUCUUUAAGCAAACCACCAGACUUGCAAGUUCAUUUGAUUGAUAAGCAUUCAUCAGAACAUUAUAACAGAAAUUCUGCGUCGUAUCAUCUCCAAUGCCUAGAUAAGCCCCAUAAGGAAAAGAAACGCAUUGAAGUAUCUGGCACAAGACAAAUACCAAUUAAAACCGUUCUGACAAGUCUUGAUGAGGUUCCCUCCCAAAGGGAUGCAUAUGGGAAUAAGUCUAGUGGCAAGAAAGUUGGCUCAUCUUCAAAUGCUAAUGCUGGAGCAUUGGUUGAUGAUAAUAAUGUUGGAGGGAGGUUAGUUUCUCAAUUGGUGAUGAAUUCCGCUGUAAUUACUGCUGAUUUUGUCAGACAAAAAUCAUCAUCAGCCGCAGCAGCAUUUGAAAGAAAAAGCAGCUCUGAAUGUGAUGGUAGCUCGCCAAGAUUGAAUACAUCAAACUUAGAAGACACUGAUUCAUUCUCUAGAAAUAAGUUAGAUAAAUUAGGUGGUGAUUCAGCUGCGCGAAACAAGUUGACCACUCCAUUGAUUACUUUCUGCCGAAGGAUUAAACGAAAAAAGGAUAUGGAUGAGUCUAAUAUACAAAGGAAAUCACUGCCUGUGGAAAAUAGCUGCUCAUUGAUAACCAAAUUGAAUAAUUCUGUUUGUAGUUGUACUAAUACCAGUUCUUAUGAAGAAACUUCCGCUGAAACUGCUCAGUAG